CACUGAAAACCCUAAUCACUCCUUCUCUGAAAAAAAAAAAAAAAAAAAACCCAAUUUCUAUCAAAUCGUUUCAUUUUUUUCAAUAAUGGCUCUAUUCUCUCGUCUCCGAAUUCACCCUCUAAUCAGAAACAGGCGCUAUUUCUCGACAAUCCUCUCUCCAGGUUCCACCACCCCUCUCUCGUCCAAGGAGAAAACCAGAGCCGCGCUUUCUCUUCUAAAAUCGGAAGAAAACCCAGAAAAGAUCGUUGAAAUCUGCCGUGCAGCUUCUCUGACCCCUGAAUCUCACUUGGACAGGAUAGCCUUCUCCGUCGCCAUCUCCAAGCUUUCCAAAUCCAAUCAUUUCUCCUACAUCCAGCAGUUUCUCGACGAUCUCCGCUCUUCCCGCGCUGACCUUAGGUCCUCCGAACGAUUCGCCGGCCACGCCAUCGUGCUUUUUGGCCAGGCCAACAUGAUGGACCACGCUAUCCGCACCUUCCAGGAAUAUCACGCCGAUGUUGUUGGUUCUGGUACUGGGUCUGUUAAGGCUCUGAAUGCUCUGCUUUUCGCUUGUAUUUUGGCUAAGGAUUAUAGGGAGGUGAAGCGGAUUUUUCUCGAGUUCCCUAAGAUUUAUAGUAUUGAGCCGAAUUUGGAUACUUAUAAUACGGUUAUCAAGGCAUUUUGUGAGUCUGGGAGUUCCAGUUCGGGUUAUUCGGUUAUAGCAGAGAUGGAUAGGAAGGUGGUGAAGCCAAAUGCGACCACUUUUGGGAAUUUGCUUGCUGGGUUUUAUAAAGAGGAAAAGUUUGAAGAUGCAGCUAAAGUAUUGGAAAUGAUGAAGAAACAUGGGAUUCGACAAGGGGUAAGUACUUAUAAUAUUAGGAUCCAGAGUUUGUGUAAGCUAAAGAGAUCUGUAGAGGCAAAAGCUUUACUUUAUGGGAUGUUGUCUAGGAAAAUGAAGCCAAAUUCUGUUACUUAUUGUAAUUUGAUUCAUGGUUUUUGUAACGAAGAGAAUUUAGAGGAAGCAAAGAGGCUGUUUAACAGUAUGAUUAAUGGAGGGGGAAAACCAGAUGCUGAUUGUUAUUUCACGCUUAUGCACUACUUGUGUCGAGGUGGGGAUUUGGAUACUGCUUUGAGGAUUUGUAAGGAAAGCAUUGAGAAGGGAUGGGUUCCAAAUUUUGGGACUAUGAAGUCACUGGUGAACGGGCUUUCUCGUGUUGGGAAGGUGGCAGAGGCAAAGGAGCUUGUUGGGCAAAUGAAGGAGAGAUUUACGAAGAAUGUUAAUAUGUGGGAUGAGAUUGAAGCCAGUUUGUCGCAGUAGGGGUGGGGACAUUUAAACUUCGUUUUGUUUUGAUAAGACCAUCAAGGUAAGACUCUGUGAGAAUGUCAUAUUUGCACAAUUAAGAGGAAAUAAGAAUUUUGCAUUAACUUAAUGAGUUAUUGGACGUGUUCAUCAUUGAAUGAAAAUGUUGCUGGUUUUCA